AAGGGAAAACCACGGCAGCCUUUCCUGCCCUCAACAAGUGAGGUGAGGGGCUGGGAGUCCCGGCUGGAACUACCCAAUGUAGCCUUUGGAGCUCCACUGCUGUUUGUGCCAGUAGAGAUGAAGUCUCACUAUAUUGCCCAGGCUGGUCUCCCAUGAACCCUUGAGCUCAAGUGAUCCUCCUGCCUUGGCCUCCCAAAGCGGUGGAAUUUUAGGCGUGAGCCACCAGGUCCAGCUGUCUACAACAUUUUUACAUGUUGGAAAAAGGAGGCCUCAUCCCAACCUUGAAAAGGUUAGAAACCAGUGCUUUUGACCUUGGUGGAAUGUUUCACAGGCACAUGGUUUAUACAGCUCAAAAUAACUUGGGACCUGUGAGCUGACAAAUGCUCUGGCUCCGGUGGUGACAGGUUGUCCAGCUUCUUACAGCCAUCUUCACUGAAACUAAGGUUAACUCCUCACUCUCUAUGGACGGCUACUCUCUAUUUCCAAGGGCGUGAAGAAUUUCCCUCUUCUCCUGUACUUUCAUCUAAAAGUUCUCCCUGGAUAAUUAUCAUUGCAGUGGAGUGCCUGGAUUGGACAUCCUCAUCUGGGUCAACUAAAAAAAGAAAGCAUGCAAGACGACAGCAUAGAAGCUUCUACUUCCAUAUCUCAGCUUCUAAGAGAGAGCUAUUUAGCUGAAACCAGACAUCGGGGAAACAAUGAGAGGAGUCGAGCGGAGCCCUCCUCCAACCCUUGCCAUUUCGGCAGUCCUUCUGGGGCCGCUGAAGGAGGCGGAGCCCAAGAUGACCUUCCAGAUCUUUCAGCCUUUCUGAGCCAAGAAGAAUUAGACGAAAGUGUCAAUUUGGCAAGACUGGCCAUCAAUUACGACCCUUUGGAGAAGGCAGAUGAAACUCAAGCUAGAAAACGACUUUCUCCUGAUCAGAUGAAACACUCACCUAAUUUAAGUUUUGAGCCUAACUUCUGCCAGGAUAACCCUCGAAGUCCCACCAGCUCUAAAGAAAGCCCCCAGGAGGCAAAAAGGCCACAGUAUUGUUCUGAAACCCAGUCCAAAAAAGUAUUUUUAAAUAAGGCUGCCGACUUCAUUGAAGAGCUAUCCUCCCUUUUCAAAUCCCACAGCUCCAAAAGGAUUAGACCUCGUGCCUGCAAAAACCACAAGAGUAAACUGGAAUCUCAAAACAAAGUUAUGCAGGAAAACAGCUCCAGUUUCUCAGAUCUGUCAGAAAGACGAGAAAGAUCUUCUGUUCCCAUCCCUAUCCCUGCGGAUACCAGGGAUAAUGAAGUGAAUCACGCCCUGGAACAGCAGGAAGCCAAGAGGCGUGAAGAGGAGCAGGCUGCCAGUGAGGCGGCUGGUGGAGACACUACACCAGGGUCUUCCCCUUCAUCUCUGUACUAUGAAGAACCUCUGGGGCAACCUCCCCGGUUCACUCAAAAGUUACGGAGCAGAGAAGUUCCAGAAGGAACUCGAGUACAGUUGGAUUGCAUAGUGGUAGGAAUUCCACCACCUCAAGUAAGGUGGUACUGUGAAGGCAAGGAGCUUGAAAAUUCCCCAGAUAUUCACAUCGUCCAGGCAGGAAAUCUGCACUCACUGACCAUUGCGGAAGCCUUUGAAGAGGACACAGGACGCUAUUCCUGCUUUGCUUCUAACAUCUAUGGGACAGAUUCGACUUCUGCUGAGAUUUAUAUAGAAGGGGUUUCUUCUUCUGACUCAGAAGGCGACCCUAACAAGGAAGAGAUGAAUCGAAUCCAGAAGCCAAAUGAGGUGUCAUCUCCUCCCACUACCUCUGCAGCCAUUCCUCCAGCAGUACCCCAAGCCCAGCAUUUGGUGGCCCAACCUCGUGUGGCAACCAUCCAGCAGUGUCAGAGCCCCACCAAUUACUUGCAGGGAUUGGAUGGAAAACCUAUCAUUGCAGCUCCUGUGUUUACAAAGAUGCUACAAAAUUUGUCAGCUUCUGAGGGUCAGCUGGUUGUCUUUGAAUGCAGAGUAAAAGGAGCUCCAUCUCCUAAGGUUGAGUGGUAUAGAGAAGGGACUUUAAUAGAAGAUUCUCCAGAUUUUAGGAUUUUACAGAAAAAACCUCGAUCCAUGGCAGAGCCAGAGGAGAUUUGCACCUUGGUCAUUGCUGAGGUGUUUGCAGAAGAUUCUGGGUGCUUCACAUGUACUGCAAGCAACAAAUACGGCACAGUGUCAAGCAUUGCACAGCUGCACGUGAGAGGAAAUGAGGACCUCAGCAACAACGGGUCUCUUCACUCAGCCAACUCCACCACCAACCUGGCAGCUAUUGAGCCACAGCCCUCCCCACCCCACUCAGAGCCUCCAUCUGUGGAACAACCCCCCAAACCCAAACUCGAGGGGGUUCUGGUGAACCACAAUGAGCCCCGGUCCAGCUCCAGGAUUGGGCUUCGUGUGCACUUCAACCUGCCUGAAGAUGACAAAGGAAGUGAAGCAUCCUCUGAGGCUGGUGUGGUGACCACCAGACAGACCAGGCCCGAUUCUUUCCAGGAGAGGUUCAACGGACAGGCAACAAAAACCCCAGAGCCUUCUUCCCCCGUGAAAGAGCCUCCUCCAGUUCUGGCCAAACCCAAACUUGAUUCCACUCAGUUACAACAGCUUCAUAACCAAGUCUUACUGGAACAACACCAGUUGCAAAACGCACCUCCUUCAUCUCCUAAGGAGUUUCCUUUCAACAUGACUGUUUUGAACUCCACUGCUCCCCCAGCGGUGACAAUAUCCAGUAAGCAGGUGAAGGCUCCUUCAUCACAGACGUUCAGCUUGGCCCGGCCGAAGUAUUUCUUCCCCUCCACGAACACCACCGCAGCAACUGUGGCCCCUUCCAGCUCUCCGGUGUUCACUUUGAGCAGCACUCCUCAAACUAUUCAGAGGACAGUGAGCAAAGAAAGCCUCUUAGUGUCUCACCCCUCUGUGCAAACCAAAUCUCCAGGAGGGCUUUCCAUCCAAAAUGAGCCACUCCCACCAGGCCCAACAGAACCAACACCGCCACCAUUCACAUUUUCCAUCCCCAGCGGAAACCAGUUUCAGCCCCGCUGUGUGUCCCCAAUUCCUGUCUCUCCUACCAGCCGGAUUCAGAACCCAGUGGCUUUCCUCAGCUCUGUUCUGCCUUCUCUCCCUGCCGUCCCACCCACAAAUGCCAUGGGGCUGCCUAGAAGUGCACCAUCCAUGCCAUCCCAGGGAUUAGCGAAGAAAAAUACAAAGUCUCCUCAACCAGUGAAUGAUGAUAACAUUCGUGAAACUAAGAACGCAGUGAUUCGAGACUUGGGGAAAAAAAUAACUUUCAGUGAUGUCAGACCAAACCAGCAGGAGUACAAAAUUUCAAGCUUUGAGCAGAGGCUGAUGAAUGAAAUAGAGUUUCGCUUGGAACGUACUCCUGUUGAUGAAUCAGAUGAUGAAAUUCAACAUGAUGAGAUCCCCACGGGCAAGUGUAUUGCUCCCAUCUUUGACAAGAGACUCAAGCACUUCCGGGUCACAGAAGGCUCUCCAGUCACAUUCACCUGCAAAAUUGUUGGGAUACCUGUUCCAAAGGUUUACUGGUUCAAAGAUGGGAAGCAGAUUUCUAAGAGAAAUGAGCACUGCAAAAUGAGGCGAGAAGGAGAUGGGACAUGCUCCCUGCACAUUGAAUCCACUACCAGUGAUGACGAUGGCAACUACACCAUCAUGGCAGCCAACCCCCAGGGGAGAAUCAGCUGUUCUGGCCACUUGAUGGUACAAAGUUUGCCCAUUCGCAGUCGGCUAACCUCUGCUGGUCAGUCUCACAGGGGAAGAUCCCGAGUGCAAGAAAGAGACAAAGAGCCCCUACAGGAACGCUUUUUCCGACCACAUUUCCUGCAGGCUCCUGGGGAUAUGGUAGCUCACGAGGGGCGCCUCUGUCGGCUGGACUGUAAGGUGAGUGGUUUACCGCCCCCGGAGCUGACAUGGCUACUCAAUGGCCAACCUGUGCUACCAGAUGCCUCCCACAAGAUGCUGGUCAGGGAGACCGGAGUCCACUCUCUGCUCAUUGACCCGCUCACUCAGCGCGACGCAGGGACCUAUAAGUGCAUCGCUACCAACAAAACCGGGCAGAAUUCUUUUAGUCUGGAGCUCUCUGUAGUAGCCAAAGAGGUGAAGAAAGCACCUGUGAUCCUGGAGAAACUACAGAACUGCGGUGUUCCCGAAGGCCACCCCGUGAGACUGGAGUGCCGCGUGAUAGGCAUGCCCCCACCUGUGUUCUACUGGAAGAAAGACAAUGAGACCAUCCCUUGCACCAGAGAGAGGAUCAGUAUGCACCAGGACACAACAGGGUAUGCCUGCCUUCUCAUUCAGCCAGCCAAGAAAUCAGACGCUGGAUGGUACACAUUGUCAGCCAAGAAUGAAGCUGGCAUCGUGUCGUGCACUGCCAGGCUGGAUAUAUACGCUCAGUGGCACCAUCAGAUCCCACCGCCCAUGUCUGUCCGGCCCAGUGGCAGUCGCUACGGAUCUCUCACCAGUAAAGGACUUGACAUAUUUUCUGCCUUUUCCUCCAUGGAAAGCACGAUGGUGUAUUCAUGCUCUUCUCGGAGUGUAGUGGAGAGUGAUGAACUUUAAGAAUGUCUAGGUGCCUGCUGUGUAAGAGAGCGGACUGUGGAGGGGGAAUGAGAACAAGCCAGACUUGGUGGUUUCCAAGCAACCGAAGUUGAGUAAGUUCCCACGCUGCUGGACCUGUGGCAAGGAGUGCUUUGAAUAAGUCAGCUAGGGAUUCUUGCAGUCUCAGCUGAGGGAGAAAGGUAGGGCUGUGCCUUCUAAAGAUUCCAACAGAGAUGUGAGAAGAUAAUACAGAUGAACCAAAGAUGUCACACAGUUGCCAUCCACUGCUUUGGGAAAAAACUAGCAUGCUCCCCUGCUCCCUGUUGUGUUAGGGAUGUUUAGACCAUACUAGGAGCAAUUAGGAGCCAUAUGCCUGGGCUGAGAGGAGUUAGGCAGUAGUGACCUUAGGAUAUGACUAACUCACCAAACAAUGCCAAGGAGAAAGGCGGACAGGUCACCAUCACCUUUCAUCGAUUACAUGUAUAGCAGUAGUUUUGGUGAAUUCACCAAAUCAGCUUCCACUUAGCAUUAGGAGGUCAUGCCAUACAACUCACGUAUGCGGGCAAACACUUUUGAUUUGCAUAUCCUGGGUGUACUGAGCCACAUAAUAAGGUGUCAAAAUGUGCUUGAGAUUCCAAAAACUUGCUGAAACACUUGAUAUUGCACAGUGCACUUAUUUUGUAGCCAAAACAUGGCCUUACCAGCUUGUCUGCACUAUUUUCUUUUGGGUGGUGACUGUUUUUUUCUGACUUUGCAUAUCCCUAGACACUAGAACUAAAGGAUUGGUAAUAAACCAAUCAGAAAGAAAUCCUCUGUGGGGUCACUUUAAAAACUACUAGCUUCAACUACCACUUAAAAAAUGUGCAAGAGUCAUCAUUUGCCCAUAAAAUACACCUCAUGGGCUCCUACCCCUUUCCCCAAAAGUCUGAAAGUGUAGGAGGAAGGAAGAGAUACAAACAAGGAGAGGAAAUGAUGGGAGAGUGUUGUUUUUGUCACUUGCCCCAGCAGAGCAGUGGUUUUGGAAGGAGAGGUCUUUAAUAGCUUUGAAAUGCUUUGAGAUCAUUGGUCAAAUUGCAUUUUCUAUGUAGAGAAUAUUCUGCUAGGUGGAAAAGUUGGGAGAAAGGGGAAUAUGCAUCUUUAUUCUAAUCACCAAUUCAAACCCUGCCUCUUAAGGAAUUUUUAGACUUAAGUUCACUGUGAUAUCCCUAGUACCUAGAAGAGUACCUAGCACAAAGUAGACAUUCAAUAAAUAUUUGCUGGAUGAAUGAAUCUUCUGUUAUUAUGUCUAUUAUAAGAUAGCCUAAUCUUAUAUUCUGCAGGAAUAUGCCACCCACACACCAGUCCAAACACUGCCCUGGGAAUGCUCAUCACAGCACAGUUUGCUCUAGACUGUGCAGGGAAAUGAAUUGCAGGUGUCUGUUAUCAAUUCCCUGUGCUGGAAUCUCUGGUGCUGUCUGUGCCAAGCACACUCAGCUGGCAUUGUAUUUGUGUGAACAGACAGUAACUGCUUAGAAAGGCUUGAAACUGUCUUCACUUCAAGGCAAGGAUUUCCAGCAUAAAAAUAAAUUCAUUCACUGGAGAAAUCAUUUGUAUGUCUACUCUGUAUGAGAUGCUGUGCUAGAUACUGCGGCAGAUAUAAAGAUAUGAAUAAGUCACAGUCCCUACCCUCAGGGAGCUCACAACCUAUUAGGGAAGGUAAUAUUUGAGGUGUGCAGAAUGCUGUCUCUUGAAGCAAAAUAGAAGUUUCUAGUGCUCUUCAUUCUAUUUUUUUAUAACUUUAAAAAUCUUUUCAAUCUUUAUUUCUUAAUGAAACAAAAUACCAUAGGUUACAUUCUCAAGCAAUAACUAUUUCAAUUAUUUAGCAGAAUUAUUAGAUUCUGUUUUUUAAUGUAUUCAGUAACAGCAGUAAAAUACAGGCAUCCUUAAUGGAAUAGAAUGCAUUUCAUAUGGAAUCCAGUGAAAUAUUGUUUCCAUAUUGACUUCUGAGAUCUCUUAUAAACAAAGAGCACUUUUUUCUUUCUUUCUUUCUUUCUUUUUUUUUAAUGGAGUCUCACUGUCACCCAGGCUUCAGUGCAGUGCCACGAUCUUGGCUCACUGCAAACUCCGCCUCCCAGGUUCCAGCGAUUCUCCUGCCUCAGCCUCCCAAGUAGCUAGGAUUACAGGCACACACCACCACGCCCGGCUAAUUUUGUGUUUUUUGUAGAGACAGGGUUUCGCCGUGUUGGCCAGGCUGGUCUCGAACUCCUGACCUCAAGUGAUCCACCCACCUCGGCCUCCCAAAGUGCUGGGAUUACAGGCAUAAACCACCGUGCCCAGCUUAAAGAGCACUUUCUAACUCCAGGACUGCUCCUAGAUUGUACACCAGACCUCCCCAUCACACCUACUUCUGUAAACCCUAGAUAGUUCUCCCAUGAAAUGAUGUUCUUCAUCUCUGUGUUUUAGCUUUCUGAACAGAGAACUAAGAUAAAUAUUACAUUUGGCAACUAGGUGGCGUUGUCUCACCCCAAAUAUUAACAGGCCUAAAAAUUACUGAAAUUUGAGCUAUUAAAUUAUGUUAAAGCAGGGUUUCCCAACCUCAAUACUACUGACACUUUGGACUGGAGAAUUCUUUGUUAUGGAGGACUGUCCUGUGCAUUGUAGAAUGUUUAGCAGCAUCCCUGGCCUCUAUACACUAGUUGUUCUUCCCCAAGUUGUGGCAGCCCAAAAUGUCUUCAGACAUGGCCAUAUGUUCCCUGAAAGGCAGAAUCCCCCUUUGUUGAGAACCACUGUGUCAAACAAAUCAAGGCCCUGCUUUAAGAAUUCCAUUAGAACUCAACCGAGCACAAUGACUGUAAUCCUGGCACUUUGGGAGGCUGAGGCAGGAGGAUGGCUUGAGCCCAAGAGUUCGAGGCCAGCCUAGGCAACAUAGUGAGACGCUAUCCCUACAAAAUAUUGACUUCAAAAAAGAAUCCAAUUAGAAUUCAAUUACAAUGAGGAAUAUUUGAAUAAAAAUUUUAGUUCCAUUGGAUGUUUGUUUUCAACAUAUCCAAAAUCAGAUUCAUCUUCCCUUUAUAAUCCAUUCCUCAAUCUAGUUUAAUGAUUUCUGUUAUUGGCACCAUCAACGUUCCUCAUAAUUCUAAUAAGAAACAUCCAGGUCAGUUUUUGCUUCCUCUACCCUAUCAAUGGACAAGUCCUGCUGAUUCUACUUCUAUCAUUCUUCUUAUAGUCAGGAGUUUCUUCCUUUCCCCUGCAGUGCUCCAGUUCAGACUUCCAUUACUUCCUUCACUUGCCCUCAAUAAUACUUCUUUUUUUUUUUUUUUUUUUUUUUUUGUGAGAUGGAGUCUUGCUCUGUCACCCAGCCUGGAGUGCAGUGGUACAGUCUUGGCUCGCUGCAACCUCUGCCUCCCAGGUUCAAGCGAUUCUCCUACCUCAGCCUCCCAAGUAGCUUGGAAUACAGACGCGAGCCAUCAUGCCCAACUAAUUUUUGUAUUUUUAGUAGAGACGGGGUUUCACCGUGUUGGCCAAGCUGGUCUUGAAUUCCUGACCACAAGUGAUCUGCCCGUCUUGGCCUCCCGAAGUGCUGGGAUUACAGGCAUGAGCCACCAGGUCCGGCCACUUGACCUCAAUACUACUGACUUCAACCAUAACAUACUCCUUCUGGUCUUCCUGCCUCUAGUCCUGCCAUUUCUUCCUACUCAAACCUAGCCCAGAUCUCAGCAGCAGAUCAUUCUUUGCAAAAUACUGCUCCAGUUAUAUUAAUAUUAUUUCCAAGUGUUCAAACCCCUAAUGGCUACCUGGAGCCAAUUCAGGUACCAGCUGACCUGCCCUGUGCUACCUAAUAUGAUCCCAAAGCUCUUCAUCCAUUACUCAGAAAACGUACCCAACACAGCAGCAAACCUCACACAGGCCCCUGCUUUUCAGCCACAUGCCUUUCUUCUGCCUCUGCCUGGAAGGCUCUCCUCAGUCUCCACCUACGGAAGUCUUAUCAGUUCCUUCAAGUCCAUCUCAAAUGCCAUUACCUCUGAUAUAUUUUAGGAUCUCCCACACUCCAACCAAAUAGAAUUCUACUUUCUUUGAAGCCUUAUACCAAGUUCCUUGAGUCUGGAGGAAGAAAAGAUUACUUUCUACGUGUUUUUUUGUUUGUUUCUUUGUUUUUGAGACAGAGUCUCACUCUGUUGCCCAGGCUGGCUUGCAGUGGUGUGAUCUCGUUCAUUGCAACCUCUGCCUCCUAGGGUUCAAGCAAUUCUCGUGCCUCAGCCUCCCGAGGUAGCUGGGAUUACAGGCACCCCCCACCAUGCCCAGCUAAUUUUUAUAAUUUUAGUAGAGAUAGGGUUUCACCAUGUUGGCCAAGCUGGUCUCGAACUCCUAACCUCAAGAAAUCCACCAGCCUCAGCCUCCCAAAGUGCUGGGAUUACAGGCGUGAGCCACUGCACCUGGCCUCUACAGUGCUUUGUACAGAACACAGCCUCUGUGUACCUGACUGCCCUCCCUCUUACACUAGCCCGCUCUUGCUUGCAUUAGGUUUUGGCUACUUGUUGGUACGGACUGUGUCAGGAGUUUGUUUUCAUGCCUUAUAUAGAGUAGUCACUCAAUAAAUAUUUAUCAACCUAAAUGGAAUUUUAAAUUGUAUACAAGUAGGUUUAUUUCUAUAUAAAGUGUAUUCAGUCUAAGCAGCGAUUGUUAACCUUGCCUGCACAUUAAAAGCUCCUGGGGAGCUUUUAAAAAAUCUCAACACCCAGGCCAUUUCUCAAAUCAACUGAAUCAGUAGCCCUGGGGUUGUGACACAGGCAUCAGUAUUUUUUAAAGCUUCCCAGGUGAUUCCGAUGAGCGACUAAGGUUGAGAAGAAUCAUUUUAUUACCAUGAUUAUCGUAGAACUUACCCGUAAAGGUCUGAAGGGAUGCAGAUGGCACAAAGCUGUAGUGCUGGAAUCCAUGAGGAAGGUACUGCCCCUGGUUACGCGUGCAGUAUGUGCCUGGAAAAUAGAAAUAAGCACACACAUUGGCUUUAUUAGACCCUACUAUUUUGUGCUACAUUUGUUAGACAUGCAGCAUUCAUGAAGCCCCCAAAGGAAGCUCAGAAACCUGCAAAAAAUGGAUCAAGGAAAGAAGGAAAGUUGAUGCAAUUUGCCUCGCCAUUUAUUUCAAAAAUGUGUGCAGAUUCCAUAAGCACCCUUCUCUCCAAGCAACUGAAGGGCUUUUCACAACUUAAUUAGUCAUGGCAUUGGGGAUCAGAGGGAAAAUGGAGAAAGAAAAUGCACCAUUUAAACCAAAACUGCCUUGUUGAGAUAGAUCACUCUUCACCAAACUAAGGGAUUACUCAGAAUUUCCAAAUAGCACAAGUGGUUUAAAUGCAUCCUUCUCUUUUUAUUCAUCACUUAACUUUUGUAGGCAUUCAAUAAGAAAACAUGGUCAAUAGACAAGCAGCAAGUAGACUUAGGGCCCUGAGGAACACGUACAAGGAAGAAUCAUUCCCAGAGGAGUCAAAAGAUGACUUUGGUAAGGGCAGUUUCACCUGGAUAAUCCUCAAAUGAUAAAUGGGUUGUGCUCCACAUAUUCAUUUGUAAAGUGGUUGUUUAAAACUGAGACUAUAUUUCCUUACACACAUAUCACCCAACGCUGGAUUCCCAAGUGAAUCCAGAAAAGCCCGUCUAAUUCAUGACUGAUUACAGCACAGAAAUACCUCCCUUUACUGCUUCUCACUUCACUGUACUUCACAGAUACUGCAGUUUUUACAAAUUGAAAGUCGGUGGCAACCCUGUGAGAACAUGUGCUCUCACUGCCUGUUUCUGUGUUGCAUUUUGGUAAUUCUGGCAACAAUUCAAAAUUUCAACAUUAUGAUAUAGUUAUGGUGAUCUGUGAUCAGGGGUCUUCGAUGUUGCUAUUGUAAUUGCUUUGGGGCACCAUGAACUGCACCCAUAGAAGGCGGCAAAUUCAAUCGCUACAUGUUGUGCGUGUUCUGACAGCUCUACCAACCGGCUGUUCCCACAUCUCUCUCCCUCUCCUUGGGCCUCCCUAGUCCCUGAGACAGCAAUAUUGAAAUUAGGACAAUUAAUAACCCUACAUUGGCCUCUAACUGUUCAAGUGAAAGAAAGAGUAGUACAUCUCUCACUUUAAAUCAAAAGCUAGAAAUGAUUGAGCUUUGAGAGGAAGACACGUCAAAAGCUGAGCUAGGCCACAAGCUAGGUCUCUUGUGCCUGUUAACCAAGUUGUGAAUGCAAAGGAAAAGUUCUUGAAGGAAAUAAGUGCUACUCCAGUGAACACAUAAAUGAUAAGAAAGCAAAACAGCCUUAUUGCUGAUAUGGAGAAAGUCUGAGUGGUCUGGAUAGAAGAUCAAACCAGUCACAACAUUCGCAUAAGCCAAAGCCUAGUCAGAGCAAGGUCCUAAUUCUCUUCAAUUCUGUGAAGGCUGAGCUAGGUGAGAAAGCUGCAGAAGAAAAGCUGAAAGUAAGGCUGGGCACGGUGGCUCACGCCUGUAAUCCCAGCACUUUGGGAGGCUGAGGCGGGUGGAUCACGAGGUCAGGAGAUCAAGACCAUCCUGGCUAACACGGUGAAACUGCAUCUCUACUAAAAAUACAAAAAAUUAGCCAGGCGUGGUGGCGGGUACCUGUAGUCCCAGCUACUCAGGAGGCUGAGCCAGGAGAAUGGCGUGAACCUGGGAGGCGGAGCUUGCAGUGAACCGAGAUCCUGCCACUGCACUCCAGCCUGGGUGACAGAGCGAGACUCCGUCGAAAAAAAAAAGAAAAGAAAAAAAAGAAAAGCUGGAAGCUAGCAGAGGUGGGUUCAUGAGGUUUAAUGAAAGAAGCCAUCUCCACAAUCUUAAAGUGCAAGGUGAAGCAGCAAGUGCUGAUGUAGAAGCUGCAAGUUAUCCAGAAGAUCUAGCUAAGAUCAUUGAUGAAGGUGGCUACACUAAACAACAGAUUUUCAAUGUAGAUGAAACAGCCUUGUAUUGAAAGAAGAUGCCAUCUGCGACUUUCCUAGUUAGAAAGGACAAGUCAAUGCCUGGCUUCUAAGCUUCAAAGGACAGGCCGACUCUCUCAUUAGGGGCUAAUGCCGCUGGUGACUUUAAGUUGAAACCAAUGCUCAUUUACCAUUCUGAAAAUCCUAGGGCCCUUAAGAAUUGUGCUAAAUCUACUUUGCCUGUGUUCUAUAAAUGGAACAACAAAGCCUGGUUGACAGCACAUCCGCUUACAGUGUGAUUGACUGAAUAUUGUAAGCCCACCAUUGAGACUCAGAAAAAAAGUUUCCUUUGAAAAUAUUACUGCUCAUUGACAAUGCACCUGGUCACCCAAGAGCUCUGAUGGACACGUACAAGAAGAUUAAUGUUGCUUUCAUGCCUGCUAAUACAACAUCCGUUCUUGAUCCAGCCCAUGGAUCAAGGGGUCAUUUCAACUCCCAAGUUUUAUUAUUUAAGAAACACAUUUCUUAAGGCCAUAGUUGCCAUAGACAGUGAUUCCUCAGAUGGAUCUGCGCAAAGUAAAUUGAAAAGCUUCUGGAAAGGAUUUACCAUUCUAGAUGCCAUUAAGAACAUUCAUGACUCAUGGAAGGUCAAAAUAUCAACAUGAACAGGAGUUUGGAAGAAUUCGAUUCCAACCCUCAUGGAUGACCAAGAGGUUCAAGACUUGAAUGGAACACGUCACUGCAGAUGUGAUGGAAAUAGCAAGAGAACUAGAAUUAGAAGUGGAGCCUGAAGAUGGGGCUGAAUUGCUGCCAUCUCAUGAUCAAACUUCAGCAGAUCAGAAGUUGCUUCUUAUGGCUGAGCAAAGAAAGUGGUUUCUUGAAAUGGAAACUACUCCUGGUGGAGAUGCUAUGAACAUUGUUGAAAUAACAAUAAACAAUUUAGAGUAAAACAUAACCUUUGUUGAUAAAGGAGCAGCAGGAUUUGAGAGGGUUGAUUCUAAUUUUGAAAGAAGUUCUACUGCGGGUGAAGUACUAUUAAACAGCAUUGCAUGCUGCAGAGAAAUCAUUAUGAAGGAAAAAGUCAAUCAAUGCAGCAAACUUCGCUGUUAUUUUAGGAAAUUGGCACAGCCACUGUAACAUUCAGCAACCACCACCCUGAUCAGUCAGCAGUCAUCAACAUCAAGACAAGACCCUCUGACAGCAAAAAGAUUAUGAGUCUGUGAAGGCUCAGAUUAUUGUUAGCAUUUUUUUUUAGCAGUAAAGUUUUUUUUGUUGGUUUGUUGUUGUUGUUGUUGUUGUUGUUGUUGUUGUUACAGAGUCUGGCUCUGUCGCCCAGGUUGGAGUGCCGUGGUGUCAUCUCUGCUCACUGCAACCUCUGCCUCCCAGGCUCAAGCCAUCCUCCCACCUCAGCCUCUCAAGUAGCUGGGACUACAGGCGCUCACCACAGUACCUAGCUAAUUUUUUUAAGUUUUUGUAGAGCCAGCGUCUCACUGUGUUGCCCAGGGCUGGUCUCAAACUCCUGGGCUCAAGCGAUCCGCCCACUUGGGCCUCUCAGAGUGCUGGGAUUACAGGUGUGAGCCACAGUGCCCUGUCAAAGUAUUCUUUAAUUAGGGUAUGUACAUUGUUUUUUAGACACAGUGCUAUUGCACACUUAAUAGACUACAGUAUAAACAUAACUUUUAUAUGCACUGGGAAAGCAAUAAAGUUAUGUGACUUGCUUUAUUGUCUGGAACAGAGCUCUCAGUAUCUCCGAGGCAUACCUGUACCUAUUACACUAGAUUGGGUUAUGGCCUCAAGGACAGGGAACCAGACAAAGCAGUGAAUAAGAGAAAAAAGACUACUUCCUCCUCCUUUUCGGUGCCUCUGAUGUGUCAAAGCCAGAGUGUCUAUGAUCCUUUCUGCAUCUAGCCUUCAUUCUUUGUUUUUCUUCCCAGGUGCCCUGUGCCCCAUGUUCUAUAAUCUCACUGCUCUAACUUGUCCCAUCUCAUCCCUUCCCCAAGGCCUGCCAGGGUGCUUCAUGCUCCACAAUGACCUAACUCCAGUUCCAUACAUCUUGGCUUGGUAUCCAGAAGAAACCAGUCCAGUUGAACAAAUUCUAAAUGCCUGAGAGUCUUUUAACUUCACAGAGGUGCUGAAUUUUUAAAACCAAUUGCUUUCUCCCUCCCAUCAACUUCUAUUUAAUAAAAUUGCUGAGAGAGUUUUUUUUAAAAAAAUCAAACUGUGAGGGGAAAUAGAGGGAACUGACUCAGACACCCGAACUGUUCCUGCCGAUCACAGCCUCUUCCUUUCUUCCUUCUCCUCCAUGUGCUCCCAAAGUACCUUCCAAGCUGGGACCUUGAGUUUAUGUGCAUAUGGGCUAUUAAUAAAUCGAUUGUAAACUCAAAACUGCCAGGGAAACCAUAAAUGUAGGCAAAUUUACUCAUAAUAGCCUUUAUUCAGGGUCCCUUCCAGGGUCCUUGGGUAACUUGCAUUAAAAAUAUUUCCACUAAUGGUUGAGUUGAAAGUCAACAUGCCUUACCGGUAAAUGAACAGUUACUUAGACUUCAAUAGAGUCAAAGUCCUUUUAAUCACUAAUAGCUUUUUCUUGUUUUAAGUGUAUCAAUAUUCCAGAAAGUUCAUUACUGAAGCAUUGUUUGAAGAAUGCCAAGCAUCUUCUAAACUUUGACAAUGCAGUGGUCAUCAGUAUGCUAAAAAGUUGCUAAUAUCAUGUUUUUAAAAAUCUGUGCAGUGCAAAAAAUUGCAUAUUUGCUAAAAAUAUGUUUGCCUCUUAUUUCUAAUUACAUUAGUUAGCAUACUUGGUAUUAUAGAACCAUAAACAAGCUGCCUUUGGUUAAUGUGUACUUAAUAGCCACUUCAAAUUCCAAAGAGAAAUAGCCUUGAACUUGCAAAAAAUAAAGAAAGAGCAUACUUUUCAAUCCUCUGAGAAUUGUGCCAUAAAUGCUGAGAGUAUUGAAAAUGGCUGCACUGCUAUAAACAUUAAUUUGCUAGAAGAUUUUAACGUAUAAGUGAAUAGAAACUGUUUCUCUAAUAAUAAAAAGUAAAAUAUUUCAACAUUAUUUGACAAUAGUAUUUUAAGGCUGAAAUAAAUGUACAUUUUUCUUUAAAAUGUAGAAAGUAAUUAUAGUUUCCAGGUUUAAAGAUUACUUUUUGAUAAUGAAUGAACCAAUUUUUUUUUUAUUUCUUAGAACUGAUAAGAGCAGAUACUACACUUGGUCUUAGCUAAAAGGCCAAGAAGCAAUUGGACCAAUUCUUCUUUCUUUCUUUCUUUCUUUUUUUUUUUUGAGAUGGUGUCUCACUGUAUUGCCUGGGCUGGAGUGCAGUGGUGUGAUCUCAGCUCACUGCAGACUCCACCUCCAGGGUUCAAGCGAUUCUCCUGCCUCAGCCUCCCGAAUUUUUAAAUGUACAAAUGUAUUUGAUUUUUUUUUUUUUUGAGACAGCGUCUCGCUGUAUUGCCCAGGCUGGAGUGCAGUGGCACAAUCUCGACUUAUUGCAACCUCUGCCUCCCGGGUUCAAGUGAUUCUCGUGCCUCAGCCUCCCAAGUAGCUGGGAUUACAGGCAUGUGCCACCACACCUGGCUAAUUUUUUUUGUAUUUUUGGUAGAGAUGGGGUUUUGCCAUGUUGGCCACGCUGGUCUCCAACUACUGACCUCAGGUGAUCCACCCACCUUGGCCUCCCAAAGUUCUGGGAUUACAGGUGUGAGCCACCGCCCUGGGCCUUAUUUGACAUUUAAAAGUAAUUUUAUAAAUGAUUCUUAUUUAUAUUGUAUAAAUUACUACAUGUAUUAUAACCUGGUUAAAAUAUCUCUGGAGCAACAGAAAGAUAACUGGAUUUUGGUUUUCAUUCUUAAACGCUUCUUAACUGAAAACAAAUACACAUUAAAAAAUGGGAUUUAAAGAUGGGCAAGCACAGUUUGGACUGGAAAUUCAUGGAGAUAUGAAUAUAGUCUUGUUACAAUAAGAGGUGUUUUUAUACUCACAAGAAACAUAAAUUAUUUGUAUAUAGCUAGCAUGGUAAAAGUAAUUGCUCAAUAUUCCAAAACUCCAAAAAAUCCAAUGUUUCUACACAGAUUCAAUGAGUUAUCAGCAAACAAGAGAUAGAUUCCUGUACUUUCCACAUGAUUACUGUUGUAAGAAUCCAGUGAAUGUAUACUAGUUUUGACUAUAGUUGUCACUGCCAAAAGAUGACUAAAUAUGUAUACAGUAUAAAAGUUUUACUGCAUGUUUUAAGGGCAGUAAAAAUCCUAAAAUAAUUCAAAUGAGAAAAUUUUAAUGCAACUAUAUUUUAACACAGUAUUGGUAAAAAAUGUUUCCAGUAUUUUGAUUUCAGAGACACCUCAUCCUCUUUUAUGAUUUUCACUUAGUUUUUGCAAUCAUUAGCAUUAAAUUUAUUGACCUAAUCUUCUCUUUUCAUUAUCUCCCUGUCCAGAUAAAAAUUUUUAGAAUAUUUAAUAGCAUUAGGAAAGCUUCCUAGUUUGUAAAUUCUUAGGUGAAUUCUAAGGAGGAUUUUAGUCAUUCAAAUGAGUUUAGAUAGAUUCUGUAAUAUUUUCAUAACUCUGGGAUCUCUGUCUCUUUAUUUGUAAAAUAAGCAAAGUACUGAGGUUUGCUGAGGAUGGAGGGUAGGAUAAAUGCAUAAAUAAAUAUUUAUGAAGCGUUUAGACAACCCCCCCAAAAGAGUGGUAGCAGUUUUUUAAAUAUAUAUUUUUAAAAAUGUCUUUAAUGUUUAAAAUAUUUUUCUCCAAAGUAAAUAGUUAACUUGUUUAAAAAGUUCACAUUACUGGCCGGGCGCGGCAGCUCACGCCUGCAAUCCCAGCACUUUAGGAGGCCGAGGCAGGCAGAUGAUGAGGUCAAGAAAUCGAGACCAUCCUGGCCAACAGGGCGAAACCCCAUCUCCACUAAAAAUACAAAAAUUAGCCAGGCGUGGUGGCGCGCGCCUGUAGUCCCAGCUACUUGGGAGGCUGGAGCAGGAGAAUCGCUUGACCCUGGAGGCGGAGGCUGCAGUGACCCGAGAUCCCACCACUGCACUCCAGCCUGGGCGACAGAGUGAGACUCCGUCUCAAAAAAAAAAAAAGAA